AACCCCGUGUUAUGGUUGUGUGUCAGUUUCGCUGGCAGCCGCGGUCGAUGCCGGUGAGGAGGGGGAUGGGCGCCACUGCAAAUGUUGAGGACCUGAGCUAGAAUCACAGCCUUGUAACACUCAGAGCUGUACCUACCCCAAAUAAAUAUCGACUAUAAUUAUUGUAAAACAACAUUAUAAAUGGAUGCAACCACCGGGGAUUCAAAAUAACACUUGAAGGAAGUGCUAUGACCCAAACAGAAAAGGGUAUGAAACUUUCACCCACUGCGUGAGGGACAUUGAGAAGUUUGGAAGGUUCCCCGGGAGAGGGAGCUGCCUCUCGGCUUACAGCUCGCAGGAAAAGCCGAGGUCACAAGAAGAGGCCUCGUAGGUCUGUUUCGGUUUGAUGUGGGGAUAUUUAAAUACAGCCAGUAAGCCCAAUAGGAUAUUUUACCUGAACUGAGCUGGAAUGAAGGGCUGGGUCUCCUGAUGUGUGUCAGGUGCUGUGAGUGGCAUUGCAGCACCCCACCUCAGGAGUGGACUGUCUCUGCCAUCCGGAUUUCGUGACUCCCUCUUCCCUCCCCCCUCCUCUCCUUUCCCCCUGUCCCUCCAUCCCUAUUCCCCCUCCCUUCCCCCUUUCCCCCCCUCCCUUGCGGCGCUGUGCUUGAAGUCAUGAGCAUAGCAAUCGCACUGGGAGUCACCACACCUGAGACACCUUACACAGACAUGGCCGCCGGAUCAGAUCCUGAGUCAGUGGAAGCGAGCCCUGCAGUGAAUGAGAAGACAUACUCAAACCACAGCUGUGGGAGCGCACAGAAUCAUGGAUACCGGGGCCUGCCCUACGCUAUGCAACAGUCUUCCAUUGUGUGUUGUCAGGAUCAUAACUAUGGAGCGCCACCCCCUCCUACCCCUCCUGCCUCCCCACUCUCCCAGACCAUCAUUCCCCGCCUGGAGCUCAAUGGCGCCCUCAGCCGUCCCCGAUCCCGUUUCCACACCAAUGACCCUGACAACUCGGCUGACAGCGACAGCUCGUCAGAGGAGGAGGGCGCCGUGCCAUCAGGCUGGUGCCAGUGCCAGUGCCGCCUGACGUCAGACCGCUACCUCAUAAAAUGCGAGAGCUGCAGGGGUCUGGACAGGAGGAAAGGGCUGGAUGGGCAGUAUCGGAAACCAGACAAUGUGUCGGUAGGAGAGAGCAGUGCUACAGAAAGUGGAGAUGAGGAGGUCUCAGCUGCCACAGUGUCAUACACAGCCACUCAGCACACACCCACCAGCAUCACCCUCACUGUUAACAGAGUCAAACGCAGCAAAGCCAAGAAGAGGAAGAAGAGCACGGAGAAAACACGAGCCGCCCCUAAAGCUAAGAAAGUAAAGUCUUUUAGAGAAGGUUCCAGAAAAUCCUUAAGGAUGAAGAACUCCACCAGUGAAGCGAGUGUGUUGGAUGAGAACACGGCUGAAGGCUGGGAGACGCGUAUCCGCCAGUGGACAGAUCAGUAUGAGGAGGCUCAGGCCAAUCAGUACAGUGCUGAUGUUCAAACACUUCUCCAGCUCCAUCACUCUGCCACCAAGAGCUCUCCGAACCCAGCAGCCCUCGCUAUGGACACCAUCAACCGCACAGAGUUGGCCUGUAACAACACCGUCUUGAGCUCUCAGAUGCAGUUACAGCUGGGCCGUGUAACACGAGUGCAGAAACACAGGAAAAUCCUGCGAGCAGCACGGGACUUGGAGCCUGAUACACUCAUCAUUGAGUACAGAGGCAAAGUCAUGCUUAAACAACAGUUUGAGGUCAAUGGGCACUUCUUCAAAAAGCCCUACCCAUUUGUCCUGUUCUACUCUAAAUUUAAUGAGGUGGAAAUGUGUGUAGAUGCACGGACAUUUGGCAAUGAUGCUCGCUUCAUCAGGAGAUCCUGUACACCCAAUGCUGAGGUGCGGCAUAUGAUUGCAGAGGGGAUGAUUCACCUGUGUAUUUACGCUGUUACUCAAAUCUCCAAAGAUACCGAGGUCACAAUUGGCUUUGAUUACGAAUUUAACAGCUGUAACUACAAGGUGGACUGUGCAUGUCAUAAAGGCAAUCAGAACUGUCCCGUGCAGAAGCAUAACCAGAACCCAUCUGAGGCGCUUCUGCCCCCACCGCAGAACCCACUACCUACUCUGCCCGGGGCAGAGACUCGCCGAAGGCGGGCACGGCGAAAAGAGUUAGAGGGAAGUGGACUGAUUGGGAGUGUGUCUGAUGAUAGUAAUCAGUUACUGGACGAACAUGGGGAGCAUGGAACUAGUGAAGCAGAGGAGGGUCUGAUAGAUGGUGUAAAGCAGGAGGAGGGCCAAGAGGAGGUGGAUGAAACUGGAGCACCCAUAACUAAUAGACGGUCUCGAGAGGACCGGAAAGCCGAGGCCAUCAUGCACGUGUUUGAGAAUUUGGAAAGGAGGAGGAAGCGGGUUUCUCAGGGUACAGAACGUGCCGGGCUUGACGACCUCAAACAGGAAGGGGUGGGGCCUGAUGAAGGUGGGGCCUCCUCUCCCACAGGGGCUAACCCAGGUCAAAAUGCAGGGUUGAUGGGAGGAGUUAGCACACGCCGUACAUCUUUUGCCACAGACCCAGUGACAUCAGUUGAGUCAGAAAAGCCUUCCUCUGCGAACCUUGUAGCUCCCAAACCUCCCCCAGCACGUCCCAAGCAGCGGCCCAAGAGUCGCAUCUCUCGUAAUCGGGCGAGCUCUGCCCAGCGGGCACGUCGCCAGAGGCAGGCUCUUCUAGCACAGCAGGCAGCCGAGGCAGGAGCAGCAGGUGGAGAAGAGGGAGGUACUGUGGCUGGCACAGGCGAGCUGGGUCUCGGGGAUGGAGCUCUGGGAACUGGACAACCUCAGGAUGGAGAGAGCUAUGGAGUCUCAUCUACAGCGCUAGGCAGCAAGACAGGCGUGAGAUGUCCCAAAACAAAAAAGUACCUGGUGACAGAGUGGCUGAAUGACAAGGCCCCAGACCGUGUAGAGGAGCCAAUAGAGCGGCCCCUGCGCAUCACCACAGACCCUACUGUGCUGGCUACAACACUCAACAUGCUGCCAGGCCUCUCGCACUCACCCCUCAUCUGUACCACCCCCAAACACUACAUCCGCUUCGGCUCUCCAUUCAACCCUGAGAGACGUCGCCGGCCCCUUGUCGUUGAUCCCGCCUAUGGCUCCUGCAAGAAAAGGUGGAUAAAGCAGGCGCAGGAUGAGAGCAUGUCCUCUCUUUCCAUGGAGGACGGAACUGAGUCCAACUCUUCACACCAAAGUAACAGCAGCAGCACGGCCUCCAGAUCUGAGUUAGUGGCACCCUUUAAAAAGAGGAAGUCAAAGUAUGCACCAGAAACGGUCGCACCACCUUCUGAACUUCUGCUUCGACCUUUGUCCCCCAUCACACCUCCACUGCCGUCUGAGCCCUCUGAGAGCUUGCUACACCCUCUUCUCUCUUCCUGCUCGCUGUAUUUAGGAGCUGAGGAGAGGCAGAAUGGUGCUGUGCCAGCAUACUCACCACUCCCAUCUCUUCCUGCCAGCCGGUGCAACACACCUCUGCAGUUUGAGAACAUCUCAUCUCCUGAGGCAUCUCCUGUACACAGGCCAGAGUCUCUUUCUCCAGAGCCCUGUUUGCGACCAGAUUUUGAUACACCGCGGAUCACCACCUUCCCUGAACUUUCUGUGACAUCUGGUCUUGGCAGUCCAGCGCCUCCAUCUGACGAUUUUCCUCUGACUGGACCAGAGUCUCUGACUGGUUCUGGAGAUGGUGUGUGUCAUACACCAGCGCCUGUAUCUAAUGCCAGUGACGCUUCAUUGGGCUCACGCACAAAUGAGGCUCAGGUUCGAGAGCAGGUCUUUAGGACCGAGUUCAACCUCAUCUACACCUGCUCUCCCCUCAAUGCCAAUCUGACCACUGGUCCUGUGACUGACCGAAGGCAUUCGCAAUCAGAAGGCAGCUUCUCUCCUGCUGAAUCCUACUUCAGCUCUGUGAGUGGCCAAGGCGUAAUGACUGAGCCAGGGUCUGAUUCUUUUUCGCCCUACCCUGAGCCUCAGUUUGGGAGUGGCACGCCUCCUCAUACCAGCAAUCCACCACAGAAGAAGAAGAGGGCCAUGGGAACUGGCGUUAGUCAGCUGCCAGGCUUGCCUAGUUACCAGGCACUAGCUGUAAGGCGUGAAUUCAAGCCAGGGCAGAAUAUGGUAUCUUUGCUGGAAUAUCGGAAAAGAAAGCAGGGAACGCGGGACCCUGAGCCAGUAGGCUCUGCUGGUGGCACCAUUGGUACCCCCGUGCGCACUGGCUCUCUGUGCCAAACUUCUGAAUCCCCUGGUGGGCCGCGCUCACUGCUGCAGCCGCCCGCCUCCCCACACAGCUCCUUCUCCUCUCCAGCCCAUCAGCCAUUCCCACAGAUAGAGGAGGUCAGUCCUCCUGAUCUCAGCACCACCAUGGGGAAUCACUCACAGACAUCCAGCCACUGGAUGGUGCCAACAUUAGUGGAGAGGUUAAGGGAAGGGCAGGGAGUUUUAGAGCGUGUUCUGAGGGGCAAUAUGAAGAUGGAGCGGAUCCUUAAAAGGUCGGAAGGUGGAGCUAGUGAGCAUGGUAGUAACCGAGACAAAGAUAUAGAUGGACUGGAAGAGGAUAGAUAUGCUCUCCAGAGCUCAUCUUUGACUUCCCCCAUGAUGAGUCCUCAGAGGUACAGCCCAACUGUUCACCCGCACCAGGUGCAGCCUCAUUUGGCAGAACCCGAUCUACAUCUGGAAAGCUCCACCUACCACCAGCAGAGUAGCUCCUCUCCUUUUCAUCCCUCCUUCAGCUCCUCUCCUUCACCCUCCUCUUCAUCAGUGGUUCAGGGCUACCAUCCUUCUCGACUGGGGACACCUGCUUCUCUAGCCCAGGAUGUGCUCUCCUCUUCAGCCCCUCCUUCAGUGGACUCCAGGCACACAGGGCGCACUCUACACCAUCAUAGUAGAGCAGGAGGGAUGGACCUGUCGCACCUCUACUCAGACAGCCAUCAUAAAGCCAGCCUGUUAAACAGCAGCACUCUUUCAGGGUCUAUGAGUGUGUCCUCCAGAGGCCAGGGCCACUCGGACAGCUGCACUGCCAUUAGCAGCCAGGCCUCCCACGCGUCCAGUCUAGCCCAGUCACCCACAGUGCGAAACCUAAAAGCAGGCAGCCCCAAUCCCUCAGUGCUGCAGGCCAGCUCCAGGCUUCUCUCAGCCAGCGGAACACAGCACUACCCACAGCGGCAUUUACAGCAGCCCCCUAUGCAGGGUUCAGGUGUACGGACACAUUCUGGGACCUACUAGGACUCUUUGCGUGUUUGUAUUUGAGAGCAUGUAUGAAUGUGAGAGUGAGUGUGUAUAUGUGUGCUUGUCACCCUCCUCAACUAAACCUGUGGAUAAGUUCUGGGUUAGAGGAGGGGACUUGAUGUACAGACGUCAGAGUAUGGACUCAGCCUCUUGUAAUGAUCACCUCUUACGUUCUUUAUCUUUAUUGUUUUCCUUUUUUUCUUUUUUUAUCAUUGUCACCAAAAAAUCCUGCAUUUCUGCAUUCUAUAAGUAGUCUGGCGUGGAUUUCAUUAUAAUCGUGCAGUCAGUGAAAAUAAAAAUAUAACCAGUUGGCAGGGGAAAAAGCAAGCGCUAAAUCAUGUGUAAUUUUAAAUUUACCCACAUGCUUUGAAAAUACGUUCACACUUAAUUUACUUAGGUAGGUGAUGAAUUGAAUCAGGCACCUAUGCUGAAAUAAAUCAGUGCUGAUAAUCAGCAACCUGGUUGGAAUUGUUAGAUCAGUGAGAGCAUUUGGUGCUUUUCAAUUUGCUCACUCAUUAAAUUCAGGUCAGUCUGCUAGACCAUUCACUGACAGCUGAAUUUUCUUCAGGCAAAGUGUUUGUUAGAUUCAUUCACAUGGGUAUGUAGGUAAAAUUCAUUUACUUAGUCUCGCUUCCUCUUAAUCAUUCCAUUCAGUCUGUCAACUGUCACUAGGUUUCCAGGAUCAUUUCUUGGCAUCCAUUUUUUUUUCUUUUUUUUUCUUUUUUUUUCCUUUUUUUUUUUUAAAUAUAGACUCAUUCUGUAAUACUUGACAAACACAGAUCUUAUGGUGCUGCAGUUAGAUCAGUCUUUGUUUGAACUGACUUUAGGGUUGUUUGAAACCCAGUAUCAUCAUGUCCAUUAAUAGUCUGUUCUAAUGUAUAGAUGUCAUAUGGGACUGGUUUUAUUUUCAUUUUUAAAACUGGGUUCUAGUAAAUGUUGCUUUGGUGACUAGAAAUGCACGGGACUAUUUUGAAAAGUAAGCUGCAGAAAUAUUGUUUUUACUCCGUUAUAGGAUUUAUUCCCCUCACAGUUGUUGAAUCCUGCAGGAUUUUUUAUUGUCAUAUCAUUGAGAAUUUAUUUUUCUCUCCCUUUGACCAAUCCUUGCAUUCCAUACACCACUCAAGGAAGGAGAAGGGGAGGUGUGGCUGGAUGGUUUGAUUAGGACAAAAAAGACAAAUAUAAAAAAGUGGAAAAGAUAGCUGCUGGGGUCUCGUACUAAGUAUUUUUCAUGCAAAGUGCUGCUUUCAGACAUGUCUGGGUGUGUUUUUUUUUUUUUAUUAUUAUUUUAAAUACAGAAUGCUGUACUUUUGUCUGUCUGAUAUUCAUCAAAAAAACGGUGAGGUCCCCUAGUUGUGCCAUGAUGACAAACAGAGUGGAACAGAAUGUCAAAUCAAAUGCAAUGGAUACCACUGUUGAAUCUUGGGAACUGUAGUUUUUGUCUUGUUGGUCUGUUGGGUGGACUCGAGAUGGACUAAAUCUACAGUGACCCAGAAAUCAACUGAAACAAGUUUUUUUUUUUUUUGUUGUUGUUGUUUGUUUUCCUCCCUCAAUUGAAGGACCUUGCAGGAGAUGGGGAAAUUAACAGGUUCAUUUGAUCAGAUUUUGAGAUACAUUUUGACCUUUGUUCCUCCUCCCCGUUUAGGAAACGACUCAAGGGUACUCACUGAUUAACAUGAAUGUUUGUCUUUUCACAGAAGACUUCAAAAGAAAAAGAUUUUAUGACCAGAAAUUUACCAGCACCUUAAUUACAAAGGAAAAAAAUGUUAACAAGCAAGAAAACAUUUAUGUAUGAUCAUGUGUACUUGCAUAAAAUGUGUUAUAUACUGUUCCAAGAAAAUAUAGUACACUAAAUUUGCCGCAUGAUAUUUUUUCUUUUGGGUUGGAUUAACAGCUGAAAAACUGGACAUGUUUCAAAAGUUUUAUUUUUUACACAAAUCAAAGUUUGGACCCCUCCCACUCCUUUAAAAGUCAAUAAGCAGAAGAUAUGUAAUGUCUUUUGAUAAUAAAAUAGUCAUGACAGUGUA